AUGGCUCCCGAGUACGAAACAACCUUUAGCCGCACUCUUCCCUUUACGACCCACAAGAUUCCCCAAGAGCUGGUAAAGAAGGAAGAAGAGUUCUAUAAAGCUCUCUGUGAUAAAUUCGGCGCAUGGACAUGGGAGGCGCCGGCAGACUUGAAGAAGGACCUGCAGGAGAAGGGUGUCUUGAAGGGUGAUGAGCACCUGAUUCAAGCCGCCUCUUGA